AUGGCUGACUUCGGCCACUUCGCCGCUCCCGACGAGGAGAAUGCUGAGGUUAAGCGCCUCAGAGCUGAAGUAAAGUACGCCGACCAAGAGUUCAAUAUCGCUGGCCCAGAAUCUGCCGAGAUGAUCUACGAGAGAGGCGUCGCAAGCAUCGCCAAGUCGGUUGACCUGUGGACCGAAUACUGCUCCUUCAAGAUGGAGACUACACACACACCUCACCUGGUUCGAGAACUUUUCGAGCGAGGCGCAACUGCGGUUGGUCUAGACUUCCUUGCCCACCCUUUCUGGGACAAGUAUAUCGAGUACGAGGAACGCCAAGAGGCGCACGACCGAGUUUUCACCAUCCUCACGCGCAUCAUCAAUAUUCCCAUGCACCAGUAUGCGAGGUACUUUGAACGCUUUCGACAGCUGUCCCAGGUGCGCCCCGUGGCAGAAUUGGUUCCAGAGCAAACUCUUGCGAGGUUCAAGUCUGAAGUUGCCGCUGAAGAGGCAGCAUACGGUGGCCAACCUCGGUCGGAGCUAGAGGUGGAGCGCGAGAUCAGGACAAAAAUCGACAGCUUUUACUACGACGUUUUCACGCGCACACAGUCUGAGACGACGAAACGGUGGACGUUCGAGUCGGAGAUUAAGCGUCCCUACUUCCAUGUAACGGAACUCGAACACCCGCAACUUGCAAAUUGGCGCAAGUAUCUGGACUUUGAGGAGGCCGAGAACGAUGCAGUUCGUAUCAUGUUUCUUUACGAACGCUGCCUGGUGACUUGUGCAUUCUAUGACGAGUUCUGGUUCCGAUACGCUAGAUGGACGGCUUCGCAGCCGGGCAACAAGGAGGAGGAGGUGCGAAACAUUUACCAGCGGGCCUCCACCCUCUUCGUGCCCAUUAGUCGGCCCGGAAUCCGCCUCCAGUGGGCUUACUUUGAAGAAAGCUGCGAUCGGGUAGAUAUUGCCAGCGAUAUCCAUGGCGCAAUUCUCUUGAAGCUCCCCGAUUGUAUCGAAGCCAUUGUGUCGUGGGCCCACUUAGAGAGGCGGCAAAACGGCCUUGAGGCGGCGGUUGAGAUUUACAAGGGCCAGAUCGACUCUCCCCUUGUCGACAUCUAUACCAAGGCAGCUCUGUGGUACGGCGACAGCAGAAUCUUUUGGGAGAAGUGGAUCGAGUUCGAGCUGCAGCAACCUACGAGCGCCGCCCUUGAGCCAGAGAACGCGGAGCGGAUCCAGCAACUGUUUGAGCAGCUCCGAACCAAAAGUCGCUUGUCAGCCGCUAUCAAGAAGGACCUGUCACGCAGCUUCUUUACCUAUCUACAGCAGAGGGGAGGCAAAGACGCUAUGAAGCAGUUCCUUCUCCUAGAUCGUGAAACCUUUGGGCCUCCUUCGGUGUCCGUUUACUCCAAGUCCAAGGCGGGAGGCAACAAGGAGAACGGGCUGGCUGUGGCAGAGCUUGAUGAUGCCACCAAGAUCAAGGCUGAGGCCAAAUACUGGAGGUUCUACGACCUUCACGGGGAUGUGAGCCCCGAUGCCCAAGGCCUUGCCAGUUUCAAUUAA